GCGUCCUCCUCGCGCAUCUUCGUGUCCUCCUCGCGCAUCUUCGUGUCCUCGUGAUCGGGGGAGCAAAGACAUGGCUGUGGUUAAAAAGCUGGUGGAGGCAGAACCCGCCCCGCGCGCGAGGGGGGCAGUGCACUGAUGGCCAACCUGCGCUGCCAAACCCACUGAUGCUGAGAUAUUCAGUCUGCGCGCGCCUGUAUAUAUAAAGGCUGCACCAGUCAGGGGGGUCAUCAUCAUCCAGACUGACUGACUGACUGUGGUGAAGACUCUCAAACAAGGAAUACAAGAAAAAAUGGCUCACGCUUGGGGAUACUCAGAAAACGAUGGUCCUUCUCAUUGGUGUGAGAACUUCCCUGUUGCGAAUGGACCCAGACAGUCUCCCAUUGAUAUCAUCCCGAGUCAAGCCCAGUUUGACUCCAAGCUCAAGCAGCUAAAGCUGAAGUAUGACCCCAGCACCUCCAAGGGCAUUCUCAACAAUGGCCACUCCUUCCAAGUGGACUUCGCUGACGAUGACGACAGAUCAGUUCUAACUGGAGGUCCCGUGGCUGGAACAUACAGACUCAAGCAGUUCCACUUUCACUGGGGAGGUGCUGACGACAGAGGAUCGGAACACACUGUUGGGGGCACUAAGUUUCCCUGUGAGCUCCAUCUGGUGCACUGGAACACCAAGUACCCAAACUUUGGCGAGGCCGUCAGCAAGCCCGAUGGUCUGGCUGUUGUUGGGGUUUUCCUGGAGAUUGGGCUCGCCAAUCCCAGCCUGCAGAAAGUACUGGAUGCCUGUGAUGCCAUCAAAUCAAAGGGAAAGCAAACCACAUUCUCUAACUUCGAUCCUAAGACCCUGCUGCCUGCCACUCUGCAGUACUGGACUUAUGAGGGCUCUCUGACCACACCCCCUCUGCACGAAAGCGUUACCUGGAUUGUUCUGAGGGAUCCGAUCAGCGUCAGCCCUACUCAGAUGGAAAAAUUCCGCAGUCUGCUGUUCAGCGCAGAAAAAGAGACCCCUCACUGCAUGGAGGAUAAUUACAGACCACCACAGCCCCUGAAAGGACGGAAAGUCCGUUGCUCCUUCAAAUACACUGCAUUCCAUUCCAGUGCCUUAAGGAUGCCAUGCAUUCUGAAUUAGCGAAAUUAAACCGUUUUCAAUGUAAUUUUCUUUACUGUUAGCAUUUUAUUUAAAAUUUCAAAAUUUUUUUAUUACAUUUUCCUUUUAUUUAGUUUUGCUUUUUUCGUUUUCAUUCAGUUUUUUGUUUAUUUUGCUUUUUUUUUCUUUCUGUUGUUUUUUGUUUUUUCAUUAGUUUUUCUUUUAGCAUCAAAUUUCUGACCCAUAUCAAUUAUUCGUGCCUGUGUGGGAGAACCAUUAGCUAUAUUCAUCAAUCCAUCAGCUUUUAAAGUGCGUCAUCAUAGCUGUCUUUGUGUUCACCCUGGAUAAAUCAUGAUGCUUCACUUGUUUUCUCUAGUGAUCUAGGUUUGAUUACUGUGCACAAAAAAAAAAAAAAAUAUAUAUAUAUAUAUACAUAUUAUGAAUAUAUGAAUUAUUAUCAUCUUGUGUGCUUUUACUGAAACAUUGUUAAACCACACUUUAGAUAUGCAGGCCUACAGCACUCUACAAAUACGCCAUAUAUUAUAUAUAUGGAUGAUGUGAUGUCAUUGGCUAUUCAUCAUAACCUGCUGCAAUCAUGAUGAUUGUUAUUAUGAUUUCUUAUUGCGUGUGAUAUAAGUGCCAGUAUAGGAGUUGCCUACUUUAAUAAGCAGCACUAGCAAACCAGGGAAAUUUUGAAGGGAUGUGUUGAAGUGUUUGGAGAAAAAUGCUUGACUUUGUAUUUUGAGAUUAUUAGAGAAUAAUGUUACACUUGCUACACUAUGUAUUACGAGACUUGGUUGUCAAAAGGAUGAAUAAAAAGCAAUAUAUAUAUAUAUAAACAUGAAGAUUUUUAGAUCAGAUGUAGUAUAAUGUAUGUCAUUUAUCAGAAUAUUGGACUUUUAUGAGCAACAAAUUUAUAUAUUUUAAAAGAUUACAAAAUAAAAGUGAUUUAGUUUCUCUGAAAA